UACAACCAUUGCCGUCUUUACAAGGAGCCAAUAAUUUGCCAUCAUUGCCAGCCGUCAUCACCCGCCCCUGUUACCAACAUGUUAACCUCCGCUUCACCAUCAUCGCCUACUUUGUCAUCGAAACUGGUUUCAUCGCGUCUUAAAGGGCUUCAACGCCGCUCCAUCUCCAUCAUCCUCUCCAUCAUGGUCAUCAUCAACCCAAACCCAAACUGCCCACCGGCAUCUCCACGAGUUCACGGCUCUUUGGGCGGCUCUUGGAUGAUGAGGGAUGUUGCUGGGCAACAAGUAGUGAAGUCAUCACCGUCCUCGAGCAAGAAACCAGGGGACGAGGCGGAGACCGAGUAGGAGGAGUCAAUCAGUGUCGCGGACUCAGAGGCGGAAGCAGCUCCAAGUUCCUGACGGUGGUCUUGUUUUGGUCUUGACCUGCCUGUACACACGGUUCCUGGAGCUCAUUACCGGACCAAACGCCGUAGUUCCACCCCCGGCGGCGCUCAGCGCGCCGGUGUCGUCAUCAGUGUCGGUUCUUUUCUCGCGAUCAGAACCGUCGGCACAAUGUCGACGUGCUCAGGAAAGUGGAAGAAUUUCCGCACCCAUCCCUCGUGAAAAAAAGGAAUAGAACUUGGGAUUUGGAGUUUCACGGAGUGAGAUGGCGGAACCGAACACGGAACCUCUUAAAAACAGCCUCGAUGCGCAGCAGAGCGAGCGUUUACGUGGACACCGGUUCCGAAGAGCAGCGCUUACGAAGCCCAGUUACUGUCACGGCUGCAGCGCCUUUAUCUGGGGUCUGAUCGGGUUCCAAUGCGAAGUGUGUAACUUCAUGUCUCAUGAAAAAUGUCUGAAGACUCAAGGAUCCACGUGUCCAACUAUGAUGGCCUCAUUGGUUAAGGUCCCUGUGUCGCACUGCUUUGGCCUGUCCUGCCACAGGAAAGGUUUCUGUUCCGUCUGCAGGAAACAGAUAGAGGAAAAAGCUGCUCUACGCUGUGAAGUGUGUGAGCUCCAUGUUCAUAUUGACUGUGUAGCCUUCAGUGUUGCUGACUGUCGCGAGUGUCAUCUGGACAAAACCCUGCUUCAGGUAUGUAUGUGCCAUGGUGCACAAGAGACUGUGCAUGUGUGUCCUCACACGAGUGUGUUGCAGAGGUCACCCCUGCUUCAUCACUGGCGAGAGGGGAACUUGGGCCCAGAUGCACGCUGCAGUGUAUGCAAGCGCUCUUGUGGCUCCGGUGAGGUUCCGACUGGAACCAGCUGUGAGUGGUGUGGGAUCAAGGCCCACUCUGCGUGUGCCCCUCAUCUGGCCCCGGAGUGCACCUUGGGCCAGCUUCACAGCAUGAUCCUCCCUCCCGACUGUGUUUACCUGAAAUCGUUGACCUUCACCCCAAACCAGACAUACAGAAUCCUGGAACCAGUCAACGCAUUUGAUGUGUGUCCUCGGGAGAUGGGCCCAGACGUUCGCACUGCCUCAGUGAGCGACUCUGUCAAGGUAUUUGACGGCAAUGAUGCACUGAGACGUGGAGACUUCCGGCUAGUGCCAGUGUCCAAGACAACCCGGCUCCAGGAGCUGCUGGAGGCUGCACUCCAGGUUUUCUACCUGCCCUGCGACCAACAGAGCUAUGAGCUGGAGGCGCUGGAUAACAAUGUCCAGAGUGGUUUUGCAGGAGGAGCCUGGCUGCUGAGAUUCAGAGGACCGGACAGCACUAUCCGGGUUAAUCUGGACUGGGCCGGGUCUUGGCAAAUGUUCAACUGCAGAAUUUCAGCAGACAGUACAACAGAAUCGGUCCUGGCUGACACCCUGGCUCACCUGCACACUGAGAGCCAGUCAGUUUCCAACUUCCAGCUCCAAGAGGUUUAUGUCAAUGGUAGACAAGUCCAGACGCAGAUCUUGGCUCAUGGGCAGAACAUAGCGGAGAAACUUCAACAGAUCAGAGCGGAGUCUUUGCGGCGGAUGAACCAAACCUGCUUUUACAUCGCUAAGAAGCAGAACUUUUCAGUGGAGUCUGAGCUGCUGAUCCGAGGCCUGCCCCUCCUGCUGGACAGAGAGCGCUACUGGGAGCUGCUCCAGAAGCACUUGAGCCCAGACAGUCGCCUGGUGAAGAUGAGCAAUGUGUAUGCAGGUCAAGGGGAGGUGGUUCUGCUGGUCUCCUGUGGCUUAGAAGCACAUAGAAUCUUUACGUUAACUGGAUCCACAAGAGUAGAGAAACAGAGUCUCACAUCGCUCGUCGUCCCAAAGAUUAUGCACCAGAACCUGGACCAGGACAGCAGUCCCCUGCUGGUCUUUGUCAACCAAAAAUCUGGAGGCCUGAAAGGGUCAGAACUUCUGUAUAAGUUCAGGAAACUUCUGAAUCCUCAUCAAGUGAUUGACCUGUGCAACUGCGGAUGCUUGAUAGGGUUUCACAUAUUCCGGGAGCUGCCAUCAUUCAGGGUUCUGGUGUGCGGCGGCGAUGGUACCGUGGGCUGGGUCCUUGGUGUUCUGGAAGCAGUCCGAAACAAACUUUUGUGCCGCGAUCCAGCCUUUGGAAUCUUGCCGCUCGGAACAGGUAAUGACCUGGCGCGGAUACUGGGCUGGGGCUCCGGUUACUCGGGGGAGGAUCUUGCUCUAUACCUGAGCUGUAUGAAUGAAGCGGAGGAAGUUCUGAUGGACCGCUGGACCAUCCUGUUGGACAGUCCAGACCAACCACCCAAGAUCGUCCAUAUGAAUAACUACUUUGGUCUUGGGAUUGAUGCUGAGCUCAGUCUGGACUUCCACUUGGCAAGAGAGGACGAGCCUGGCAAGUUCACCAGCAGUUUCCACAACAAAGGUGUGUAUGUGAAAGUAGGUCUGCAGAAGAUCACCGCCACCCGGAGUCUUCACAGACAUCUGGCGGUCCAGGUCGAUGGUCAGAACCUUCUGCUGCCGAACAUUGAGGGUCUGAUCUUCCUCAACAUCCCGAGUUGGGGUUCUGGUGCUGACCUCUGGGGGUCAGAGGUUGAUAGCUCCUAUCGAGAACCGAGCAUUGCUGAUGGACUCCUGGAGGUUGUUGGUGUGACUGGAGUGGUUCACAUGGGCCAGGUCCAGGGCGGCCUCCGGUCGGGAAUCCGUCUUGCUCAGGGCAGCUACAUCAGGCUGAGUCUUAGUAAGGCCACUGCCGUCCAGGUGGAUGGUGAGCCGUGGAUCCAGCAGCCUGGGGACAUCAUCGUCUCUGCAGCUGGGCCCAAGGUUCGCAUGCUGAGGAAGGGCAUGGGCAGAAAAAACUGAGCGGUUUCAUGAACAACACAACACGUGUGGGUGGAACCCCAUAACCUCUGUCACGCUUGGACCUCACAUUACCGUCGCAACCGCGACAAAGACUGAACCAAGCAGACAACAAAGUCAUGGGCAGCGACACAAAGGUAGGACGUGAAACAAGAUGACGUCCUCGGCACAACAGAAUCGGACCAUCCCUACAGCGUGCUCAGAGAAAAUGAGAUUCCUGUGAUCGUUCGUUCCCAAGACUAAACUUCCUUAUAUCUCCAUGACACCUGCAGGAGACAUGAUCACCUGCUGAAGCUGACCUGAUGUAAUGUUGUCAUGAAGGCUAUUGUGUAUUGUGCAACCUUUGUCACUGUUCGAAUAGCAGAAAUGCUGUGUUUGUAACCAAGCAGUGAGUGGACGCAGCUGCAGUUGUCUUUGUUAAUGUUCCAGUCACAACGCCGUUAGACGUCUAACCAGACUCCUCCGAACGCUAACAAGUCCACAAUUGCUCAUGCUGAGUUUAGCAUUAGACGUGGAACUGAAUGUUACAAAUCCCUGUGAGUGCCUCGUAGCUGUUGUGAGAAUCAUCCUGUUGUUUCAACUGAAGAAAACAGCAGCAAAGGUGACCGGAAGGAGCAGCACGUCUCUUCUGCUGCGUCCGCUUGGUCAUUUUAUUGAUAUUUGAUAACAAGUAAACACAAUUUUUUGUUUGGUUUUUAUCUCAA